GCAGUAAAGCCAUUCAGAAGGUAAAGUGCAUUUGAUGAAGAAGGAGAUGAACUGCCUUUCUAUUGGGGAAGUAAAGAAAAAACGUUGUGCUUUGUGAGCAAAAAUGUCUUUGGGUCACUACAGCUUUCUAAACCGGCCUUGUGUUAGACGAACAAGUUCGUCCCCGUUGUCCUCAUUUAUGAUAUUGACUGUGCUGGCAGUGUUUCUCAACGCAAACAUGACAUUAGCAAUCAAAGUGACUUCUAACGGACCACAGACUAUACAGAUGGCUCAGGGGGAGCGUGUUACGUUAGACUGCACCUACACGUCGACUCCAGACGACGUAGGCGAGCUUGACAUCGAGUGGUCGGUUGUCAGCCCAGAUACAACAAAAAAGGACCACAUGAUCAUAUCAUAUACAGGUGGAAGGAAAUAUGUCCACGGUGAUAGUGCGUUUAUGAAAGGUGUGGAUUUCACAGCUGCAGACCCCGCCCAGGGCGAGGCGUCUCUCUCGAUCUCCUCACUCGCUGCCUAUCAUGCCGGAACGUAUCAGUGCAAAGUAAAGAAGACACCCGGUGUGGACAGUCGGAAGAUCUCGCUGAUCGUGAUGGUGAGGCCAUCAGUGCCCAAGUGUUGGGUGAAUGGAGGAGAGGCUGUGGGUGUGCCUGUGUCUGUGUCACUGCACUGUAGCUCAGAUCAGGGCUCUGCACCCCUGCUAUAUUCGUGGAGGAGAGAGAGCGGUGGUCCCAUUCCUUCAGAUGCUGUUCAGGAUUCCCACACAGGAGAACUUCUUAUCAGUAACCACUCCAUAAGCCACAGUGGUAUCUAUUCGUGUGAAGUCUCAAAUGCUGUUGGAAAAGAAAGCUGCCGGAUUAACCUUCAAGCUGUGAAGCCUCCUAACAGAGCUGGAGUCAUCUCAGGCACUAUUGUUGGAUGUCUGCUGCUCAUCAUAAUUGUGCUGUUGGUUAUAUGGCUCCUCAUCUUUAAAUGUGAUAGUAAAUGUGAUAGAAACCGGCAGGAUAAAGAGUUCUCCAAUGAGAUCAGAGAGGACGCUCCUGCCCCUGAGAGUCGGCCUACCAGCCGUAUCUCCAGCUUUCGCUCAGGUGUGGCCUACAGUCAAGUGGACCAAUCCCAAAAAGAAUACGCACCUUCCACUAACACCAGUUACACCACUGCACAGUAUGACAGCAGAUUCGGCUAUGCCGUGUGAUAGUCAAGGUUUAAUAGUUGGUUACUUAGAUAUAAGAUUUGCUAAUCAGAAAAUCUUAUUUUCUAAAAUUAUUAAUAAAAUUGUUCGUUCAGUUUGAGAUGAACUUCAGUCAGUGAUGAUGAACUUCCAUUAUUGUUUUUUACAUUUUCUGUAUUUUGUCAUGAAGUCUGGUGUUUUUAUAGCUCCUGUAUUUUUUGCCUUUUUAAAGUCUUUUUUUAUGUAUUUCUAUGUCAUUGUCUGAUAAGCAGAUUUGUGACAUUGACUAAAUCUCCAUUGUACAAAAAGUCAAAUGCAUGUCGUCAUUAAACCGUCCAUGUUAUGCUAUGCUUAUGUAAUCUAUAUUUUCAUGUCAAUUACAACAAAAACGAUUAUUUAUCGAUUGACUGAGUUGCAAAACAAGUGAAAAACUCAAAAUAAACGUAACGCUGCAGGGUACUCAGUAAACUCGCCACUAGAGGACGUCACCGCGCACUGCGUCGAUUUUG